UCCUCCAAAGAUCCUCAAAUUAGCCAUCGCUGUGACAUCGAGACUUACCGAGAAAGUCUCUCCCUAUGUUGUGUCCGUGCUGUCAACUCUUGACAUCUCGCGAAUAUUUUAUUAUUUCGUAAUUUUCAACGAUCAGUGAUUUCCCAAUUGAAUUAAUCGACCUUUUUCGUGAACAUUCGUUACAAGGAGGAUUGAGAAAAAUAGAAUUUUUAGUGCUACGAUAAAACACCAUUUGAAAAGUUCUUCCAAAUAUUUGAGAAAGAAUUGACAGAAAAAUUAUUCGCGUUUUUAAUAGUUGUGAGUGUUUGUUCCUCUUUCGUGAAUCUUCGGUGAAGUUUCCAGCUCCCAAAUUGUUGUUCGAGCAACAACGUUCAUUGAAAAAAGAGUGUUUGCAAAGGGAGUUCGUACAAAGAACAGUUUCCUUUUACUGAGUACAACUCGAGUGGUAAAUACAUCGAAGAACAAAGAGAUCGUCGCAGGAUGCUUUAGGAUGUUGGCCACUGCAGUUUCGUCCGCAACCCCGUUCAGUGUUCGCGAUAUUUUAAACGAGAAUCAACAGUUCGUCGUUAUGGAUUGUUACGGUUCGCAUCAACAAAGUCCACAAGGCUGGCACGUGCCCCAGGAUUACUACGGAUACAAUGUCAUUCCCGACAACAAUUGGGACGUCGAAAAAUACAAGGAACAAACGAUGACAGGCUACCAUAAUUAUGGCGACCUGGGCCACGUUCACCAACUGAGCCAAAUCGUGCCACCUUAUCAAGAAAAUCCCAUCGUCGAAGAAGGAAAUGUUGUGACGUCCAGCAAAACGGAACUCAGAAAAAGUCAGUCUGGAAAGAGAACGAAACGAAAGCCUCGAGUCCUAUUUUCGCAGUCUCAAGUGUACGAACUGGAGCAGCGUUUCAAGCAGCAGCGUUACCUGAGUGCACCGGAGCGUGAGAUGCUCGCCCAAUCGUUGAAGCUCACGAGUACCCAGGUGAAGAUUUGGUUCCAAAAUCGGCGUUACAAAAACAAGCGCGCCCGUAUCGAGGACGCGGAGAAGCUCCAAGCUCAGAAUUCGAAGCAUCCGUCACUGAAGAAAAUCCCAGUGCCGGUUUUAAUCAAAGACGGUAAGCCGAACGUCCAAGAGAGUUGCAACACUCCUUACUGGUCGAACUUCCGUCCGGAACUGAACGUCCCGAUGCAAGCAGAUUUCCGCGUCAACGAGAUUCGUCCGAGCCCGGAAUAUCGACCGAAUCCGGCAGAAAUCCGAGUUGAACCUAGCCCCGAGUACAGGAACGAAAUGAACCCCGAUUCCUGCUCACGCUCGAUGUUGAACGUCGAAAAUCGCCAAAUUUUGUCGCCCCACGAUUAUCGCUCCAAUUUUCCAGCCGGAAUCCGUUCGACCGUUCAGAAUAUCGAUUCGAGAUCGAUCAAAGCAGAAUUCAGGCCCGACUUUCCGGGCGAAAUGCCGGGCUUUCCUGACGACGUCAAAAACGUUGUGACGAGUCCUGAAGACCAGAAAGCAAUUUCGAACGACAAUCGAACCGUCAUGGACAUUUCCAACGGUGAAUUCAACUUCGGUAAUUACAUGAACGCGACGAACUAUCAAAUGCCUUAUGUGAAUUACGUCGAGCCGAUUACAACGAUGGAUCAGAGUCUCCAGAGACUUUGGUAAUUUUA